AUGGAAACGUAUGAAGAUGUUAUUUUCAUGAAACAACAGGUACAUCAAAGGAGUACAGCAAAUUUGAGAGUACAUAAUUUUGAUAAUAGAUCUAUGAACAUUGACAAUUACAUUGAUGAGCCGAUUGAUUUAACGAUUAACCAUACAGAUGCAUUGCAAAAAAGUAGAAAAAAAUGUGAAAUGGUAAAUUUGCGUUUACCAAUUAAUAACGACGUUGGAAAAGAUUACAAAAACUUUCCUUCAAGUUUAAGCGUUACUGAUGAUGAGGCCCAAGGUCAUCAAACAUUCACUCAAACGAAGCAACUUGAAAUAUUGAAAGCAGCAAAAUCUUUGUUUUCAAAGCGAACUAGAACACUGUACCAUUGGCUGUAUCCCAAUUCAUCUAAACAACAAAUCAAAACAACGGUUUCCACUUCUUGGGACUCGCUGGCCGAAAAUGAAAAAGCUUUUUAUAUUUCCCAGGUGCUUGGAAGAUUUGGGUUCAGCCAGAGCAGUCUUAUGGUCAAUCCUCAACUUUGUUCUCUGAAGGAAAUACCGCCAUCUAUUAAAAAAAGUGAUACGAGACCGAAGACAAGGGAAUUACAAAAUGCUAUCUGCAGUAUUACCUCCGAUUCAAGUAGUGCACCAAAUCGAAAGAAACGGGGACGUCCAAAAAUGGAUAGGAAAGUGAGGAACGUUGAACAAGAGUUUCAGGAUGAUCCGGAGCUGAGCUGUGAACUAGAAAAAUUUUCUAUUCAGUUCAAUAUG